AUCAGCUGUGUCCAAUCACAGCUGAUCACAUGGCACUGAUGAUCAGUGUGCCCUGAUGAUCAGUGUUGCCCCAGAAGUGCCACCUGUCAGUGUCCAUCAGUGCCAGCAGUCAGUGCUCAUCAGUGCCACGUGCCAGUGCCCAUCAGUGCCACAUCAAUGCCACAUAUCAGUGCAUACCAGUGCACAUCAAUGCCACAUAUCAGUGCCCAUCUGAGCUGCCUUUCAAUGUCACCCACCAGUGCCAGUCAGUGCCACCUAUCAAUGCCAAUCAGUGCCACCU